CUUACCUCUCUCUUCAACACACGCACGUAUGCAUGCACGUUCUCUGGACACCGUGACGUAUGCCCUGGCGCCCGGUUAGCUAGCUACUAAGCUAGUUAGCUUGUAGUUGACAGCAUACACUGGAGUCGGUUAACGUUAGGUAACUAAGACGUAACUAACGUUUUCUGCCCUGGUGACUGUCGACAUCGGCCAUGGACGACGAAAGCCACCCCAAAACCCUGUAUGUGGGAAACCUCUCCAGGGAUGUUACAGAGAUCUUGAUUCUGCAGCUCUUCACCCAGAUAGGACCUUGCAAAAGUUGUAAAAUGAUCACAGAGCAUACAAGCAAUGACCCUUAUUGCUUUGUGGAGUUCUUUGAACACAGAGACGCUGCUGCAGCCCUUGCAGCCAUGAAUGGAAGGAAGAUAUUAGGAAAGGAGGUCAAAGUAAAUUGGGCCACCACUCCAAGUAGCCAGAAGAAAGACACAUCCAAUCACUUCCAUGUUUUUGUGGGUGAUUUGAGCCCUGAGAUUACUACUGAGGAUGUCAAGGCUGCAUUUGCACCUUUUGGGAAAAUCUCGGAUGCCCGUGUUGUGAAGGACAUGGCGACAGGAAAAUCAAAGGGGUAUGGAUUUGUGUCCUUCUACAACAAACUGGACGCAGAGAAUGCCAUUGUUAACAUGGGGGGGCAGUGGCUCGGAGGACGCCAAAUCAGGACCAACUGGGCAACACGUAAACCACCAGCUCCAAAAAGCUCCCAGGACAACGGCUUAAAGCAGCUGAGGUUUGACGACGUAGUGACUCAGUCCAGUCCACAGAACUGUACUGUGUACUGUGGAGGGAUCCAGUCAGGAUUAUCAGAGCACCUAAUGAGACAGACCUUCUCACCUUUUGGUCAGAUUAUGGAAAUCAGAGUUUUCCCAGAGAAAGGAUACUCUUUCAUCAGGUUUUCCUCCCAUGACAGCGCUGCCCAUGCCAUUGUUUCAGUAAAUGGAACAGCCAUUGAAGGACAUAUAGUGAAGUGCUUCUGGGGCAAAGAAUCUCCCGACAUGGCAAAAAAUCCACAGCAGGUUGAGUACAGUCAGUGGGGGCAGUGGAACCAGCUCUAUGGAAGUCCACAGCAGCAGUACAGUCAGUAUGUGACCAAUGGAUGGCAAGUUCCCUCCUACAGCAUGUAUGGCCAGACGUGGAACCAGCAAGGAUUUGGCGUAGAGCAGUCCCAGUCACCGGCCUGGAUGGGAAGCUUCGGAUCUCCAUCAGCUCAGGCUGCAGCCCCACCUGGUCCAGUCAUGUCCAACCUAACCAACUUCAGCAUGGCAGGCUACCAAACGCAGUGAGCUGGUCCUAACCUAAGUGUCAUACCAAGGGGAUCUUGUCAACCCUUGAGACCACACAGCGCUCUUUCAUCUGGACUGCUGCUCUGGUAAAAGAAGGGCGGGGGCCAUAUUCACAAAGCCUUUGUAGCUAGUAGUUGCUUCUAAUCCAGUUUAACAAUUGUGUUUUAAAUGACUUGUGUUCAUUUCACCUAGAACUUUUUAAAAGUUUAUUUGAUGAUAAUUCAGAGUUACGUUAAGGAAAAGUGCUCUUGGGCUUCUGAAGUAAAGCCAAACCAACUGUCUUUGUCUGUCAAGUACAUGUUUAAGGACAUACCAACCUUUUGAAUGUUUGGCCUGAUGAAAAUCAGACCGCAUACGUGACAACAGGAUUUGCAGUGUCAGCAUGUUGACUGGACAGGUAUCUAGAGCUGCUUUCACAUAUGCACUGCAACCCUGAACUUUUCUAGACAUUACCCUGAAAAGCUGUGUGUGUGUGUGUGUGAAGCCAAAUAUCCAAAUCAGUUGAACCAGACAUUACACAGACUUUAUCCUGCCAGCUUCCUAGUACAGAGUCUGUUUAAUGUCCGAUUGAGCUGAUGUGUGAAUAGGGCGGGUCAUUGUCCUGAGAAUUCACAGUGAGCAGAGUUCAUAUGUGAAAACAGCUGAACAGACACAGACUCAUUGAUGCCUUUCGUCUCAUCACACAUCAUAAUACUUGAGCAGCGGGCCAAACCAUCAAAAAGUCAGAGUAAUCCUUAAAAAACUAACUGUUACCCUCUCAGACUCAAAAUAUGAGCAAAAUGUAUCUGAAAACCAUAAAAUGCACACAGAACAGCUGAGUUAUUUUGUGGAGCUAAAAGCACAUUUACUACAAGCCAUCAUGUUACUCCAGCAGCUCACUGGAAUAUGACAAGGAUUAAAAUCCUUUGAAACCUCAAACUUUAUAAUAUUAAUAUUGAAUUAUCAAACUAUAGCAAUAUCUGCUCUCCGUUUGCCAAUGUGGUUUUGUAAUAUUUUAAUAUUUCAGUGAAAAAUAGUUUGUUACAGACUCGUCAAGAUGUUUAUUUACUUGUCAUACUCGGGGCAUUUUUCUGUCAUUUUAUACAACGGAGGAUUAAAAUCCACUCAAGUCUUCACGCAUUGAUAAGUUAAUUUUUGUAACGUGUCAGUUUUUUAAAUAUAUACAGCAUACAGCGAUGACAGCAGUGUACAGAUUAGACAGGUGUGAUCAGUCGUCACGGAUUUGUGCGACAAACACAAGCACUGAGCCACAAGAACGAACCAACCUUGUAAAUGUUGGUCUGGGCUUAGCUUCAGCUCAUAGGUUACCUAGACAUUCAGUCCUGUCUUGAUAUAUAUUAAUGAAAAAUGCUUUGUGAAUAGGGGCCCUGGAACAGUAGUUUACCUUUCCAGUGUAUGUGAAGAGACUAUUUGUAUAAACAACAGUGGCUUUAAAGGAGAUUUUAACGUGAGGUGGUAUCUCUUGGGUAAAUUUUGUGUACAAAGAAAAUUUCACCUAAACAGCUCUCAAAGCAAAAACAAAAAAAAACAAAAAAAAGUUUUUCAUGUUUUGUAUCGGAGUGAUCCGCAUGUUCUUUGCAGACUUUUGAUGGAUUUUAGUUUACACCUUAAUGUAGCCUAGAUUGGACUAAUUUAUAAUCCUGUCUCAAAGGAAAGGCUAUAGCACAUGCUCUCUGUAUAAAGAAAAUAUUUUAAAAACAGCUUAACCCCCAAACUUUGUAAAGGUCACUGACGCCGAGUGCUGAUUCUGGGGCUGGUUUCCUAGAGGAAUAUUGAAUCUUAAAUAUUUUCUUCCUUCCUCUUUCCUCUUGUUAACCUCAUUUAAUUUAUAGUCAUUUCUUUCUAAUGGCUGCGAGAGUUUGCAAAGGACUUUAGAUUUCAUUUAGCACCAGAACCAGCCCCUUACAACAUCGCAUCAUGUUUUACAUCAUUGAAAAUGUAGUUGCUUUUUAAUCAUCCACUUGUGUCAAGACAAACUGUCCAGUGUUUUAGGCUUAUUAUAAUUAUCGAUUGUUUUACAUUAAUUCCACUGAAAGUGGAAGUUUUCCUAAACACGUCAUUGACUUGUCAGGGCAGCAGUUAAUUACGAAAUAUUUCCAAAUAUCCCAAGUAAAUUAUUUUUAAAAAAUCACUGGCAAAUUGUGACAAGGAUUUCUCAAAGACGUCCUGCUGUUUGGAUUUUAUUUGCAUAUGUGCCAUUCUGUACAGUGUACUACACUCCUUGUAAGCUCAUCCUCCUGUCCCUGUUGCACAAGACAACAUACUUGAUAAUGCUUUUGUUUGUUUGUUGAAGCUGCGGGGUGUUCAUUUAACAAAACAGGGUCUUGUUGGCUGAGAGUGUAAAUAUAAACCUUGAUCACGAACCUUCACGAAACUUAAGAAGUAAUGUACAUACUGUAGGUAGAAUGUUAUGAAAUAAAAUGGCAUCAUUAAAUUUCAGCAAUAUAAUUUAUGCAUAAGCCUUAAUUGAAGUGUUGGUAAAUUCAAACUUUGUGUUAUUUUCAGAGGCUUCAUUAUAGAUCUAAAUUGAUUUUCCCGUUUUUAAGUUUGUGUGCCAUUUUCAGGACGUAGCAGGAGGCAGGUGAAGAUUCAGCUCGAACUGCACGCUUGUGACAUGUAAUAUAUUUCUUGCUUAAAAUAAUGAAUGUAAUGGCAAUUUGCUUUUAUGACAAUAAUACAUGUAAGUUGAACAACGGAAGUGAUGUUUAAUAAUAAAGGAUGAAAUCAA